ACGUUAAAGACUCGUUGAAAAAAGAACGAAUCGUUCAUGAACGACGCAUCGCUGCUUUACACUGGGAGGGGUUUGGAGUGACUUGGCAACCCGGACCCGAGCUCAGCCCUGUGGAGUCAGUGUGGAGGUUUGAUUUCACUGUGGAGAACUUCACCAUGAGCUUCAGGGUCCGAGCAGCGCGGCAGGAGGACUGCACAGACAUCCAGAGGAUGAUCAUGGAGUUAGCAGUGUAUGAGAAGAUGGCUGACCAGGUGAAGAUCUCACAUGAAGAGCUACAGAGAGAUGGAUUCGGUCCAAACCCGUUUUAUCAGUGUCUGGUAGCCGAGGUGCCGGAGGAGCUAAAAUCUGAACAUGGACACACCACAGUUGGCUAUGCGCUCUAUUUUUACACCUACAGCACAUGGAAAGGGAGGAGCAUCUAUAUGGAGGAUCUGUACGUCAUGCCAGAGUUCAGAGGUAGAGGUAUCGGGAAAGGUCUGAUGUCGUCUGUAGCUCGAGUGUGUGUAGAACAGCAGUGUGUGCGUCUGCAGUUCUCCGUGUUGAACUGGAAUAAACCGUCUCUGGACUUCUACCUGAAUAAAGGAGCGGUGGAUCUGACGAUGGAGGAGGGCUGGCACGUUCUGCGCUUCCACGGUUCAGCACUCGACAAACUCGCACUCGAGGCGCCAUGACAACCAACACCACAACCAACAUCACCGCAAUCAAUCCCGCAAUCAAUCCCGACAAUGUAGGCAACACCAAAAUCAGCACAAUCAACACCAGUAUCAUUGCUGUAACAAAUUCUAUCACCUUAACCAACAUUAGCAUUAAAUAUAGUUCAGAGGAAUUGAACAUGUACGAAUAUCCUGAUUCUGUAUUUAAUCUGGUAACUAAAUGGGUGACUGAAUUUUUGGAUGCAACAUGUACCUUAUAAGUUGAUUCGUGUCUUUUCUAUGAUGUAAUGCGUGUAUAAAUUUCAGUAUAUAAACUGUGUAAUUUCCACCUGUCCCUCGUACCCCUCUGAGGUUAAUGUACCCUACGUGUAAUGGUACUGGUGGCUACCUGGACGAUGGUGAUUCUGUCAUCUACAGAUUUGAAUAAAUACUCGUUGAGCACGUAA